GACCUCACGAAUUCACCACGUGCGGGUUCAAAUGAACCCUAAUGUGAUAGAUUAAGGUUACAACCAGUGGGCUAACGGAUCGGCACAUGGGACAUGGGGACAACAACAACACAACAUCGUAGAGACAUCUCUAAUAUGCUAGUUGUCGACCAUGGUGGAAGCAACGUUGUCGAGCACAUUCAGCAGCAGCCACAAGGCCGCAAUAGAGGAUGAAAAUACAAGUGGCGACCCUCCACCAAAGGCACCUCCCAGCUUGGAAACUCUAUUUCAAGAUGCCAUUACCAUUGAAAUCCCCUUGGGCGUGACGGUGGAUCUUGGCGUGGCAAUCAAACGGACCAGGACUCGUCGCAUUGAUGCUCUCUACAAGGCAUUUCCUUCCUUGAAAGAAAAAGAUGAGAAUGAAACACCGGAAGAUGAAGAAGAUGACGACGACGAAGAUGUGGACGAUGACGAAGCGGAAAGUGAAACAGAAGGCGAGCCCAAGAAAAAGAAAGCCAAGAAAGAAAAACCACCGACGACGGCCAACAACAACAAUACUCUGGAUCGAUCGUCCGAUAUGGUACCGCAGCGACACGAAUUUGGAUCCAUUGUGGAUUACCUAGAAGCCAAGUAUGUGAGGGGCGUCAUGAUUCAAGAAGAGAGCGAGACUGGUGCUGCUGCUGCUGGCGAGGAAGGAGACAAUAUUAAUGAAGACGGCGAAAACAACAACAAUAAACGAAAAAUGGACGAAGACGACGAAGGAGAUGGAAGUGUCUAUUCCGAAUCUAGUUUCUUGGAUGACCGCGAUUUGAAGCGAGAUAUUGCGGAACAAGUGCUGGCGCAAACAACCACGACAAAGGUCGAACUGGAAGGAGAUGAUGAUUUCUUUGUCAAUGUCGGUGAUUUGGCAGUAGAGGAGACAGAAUUGACUGAACAAAACUAUGAUCCUUUGGAGGAUAGUCCCACCAAACCGAAACCAACCAAAAAACGAAAGAAACCAAGUACCGCCACACCCACUGUGGCAGGCUCUGCUGCGGCAAAACCCACCAACAAGGAAACGUCGCCUCCCCCAAAGAAGAAGGCCGUAGUGGCCAAGAAGAAAAAGGUAGACGACACCAAUACCAAGAGCACAGCCAAAAAGAAACCCGACAAAAAGAAAGCAAAGGAUGCAAGUGCCAAAAAGGAAGGGACCACCAGCAAGAAAGAAGCAGCGUCCAAGAAGACCAAGGCAACCAAGGAGGCUGACAAGGAAGACAACAAUGAGAGUGAUGGUUCUUCCGAGGCAGCGCCUGCAGCGGUUGCGGCUGCUGCAGCCAGUAGCAAGAAGCUUCCGAAAAAGAGCAAUGAUGAGUUGAAGGUGCUAAAGGAAAAAGCAUCAAAAUUUAAGAAGAUUAUGGACAAUCGCUAUGCCAUCGUCAAGAAAAUGAUCAAGGACAUGUCCAAAGACCAGCUCCCGAGGCGACCACCCCUCAAGUCCAAGGUGACAAUCACCUGUCCACCCACAAAGAAAGAGGGCGACGAAGUCACUUUUGCAAAUCCACAUAUUCCGGGGCAACGGUUGAAAGUGCAGGUACCGAAAGGCACCUUUGCUGGAGAAACGUUCAAGGUCACUGUCCCAGUUCCCAAAACAGCCAUCGGCGACGAUGAUGAAGGUGUUGAUCACAACAAAUUCCCUCGCGAACUACAAGAUCAACUCGACAUGUACGCUCGUGAAUACGAUGACUUUUGCAAACAUGAAGGAGAAUACCGUCAUGCCAAGAAUGAAGAAUACCCUAUCCAUUUGGAAAAGCGCAAAAAGUAUGACCAAGUGGUGAAGGAGUUCCCCAAGAACUUGAUGACGACGAUUGACCCCGAGUACAUGAAAAAGUUGGUCCGGCGGGCACGUCAGAAUAAAUCCAAGCGUAGCAAGACGGCCGCAGUAAGGCGAAAUACCGGCGAUGCUGCUGCAGCUUCACCUCCUGGUCAACCCGAGGCAGUGACAUCGUCACCAGGCCCAGCACCAUCUGCGACUGCGCCAGCACCACAACCUCCCCAGCCAGUUGCGUCAGAUCACGAGCAAGAAGAAACAGCAGAACAGAGCGAGGAGGAAGAAGAGCAGCCAUCGGGUAGUCCUGCAACGCACCGCACUCUGCAUGUGCCUGAACGCGGUCAAAUCUUCCCAGCAAGGCAGUUCAACAUGGCGGACUUUCACAGUGCCGCUGCAGGAUUGCCCGGCUCUAAUCCUUAGCUGAACCCAGGUCCAGGAUAUCUAAUCAAUACCGUAGCAUUACUUGUUUGUC